AUGGCGCUUAUGCUGCAACCCGCUCGCGCCGUGACGAGCUUUCGUCCAGCCUCGGCAGACUCACCCCAGCCCACUUCUCCUUCCGUCGGCGUCUCAUUUCCACGAGUCGUAUCCACACGCGUGGCCCAUAAGCGGGGAAAGCAUGGAUGUCGCAGAAGUCUAGUCGCCCAUGCGACAGCGAGCAGCAGCGCCUCUUUCGCAGACAGCGGCAACACCAGCGGCAGCAUUUACGGUGACGAUAGCAAGCCUGAGAAUCCCGUGGAGGCGAGCGGGCUGGGGGCAUCGGACGUGCGUCUCGAGGGAAGACGCGCCGUCGAUUUUUCGGAGCGCCUCAUGGCCGACCCCUACCUCCCCGUCGAGUCCGCCAUGACCACGCCGGUGGUGACGACGACUCCGGCGAACACGAUCAGCAGCAUUCUGGACCAGUUCGUGCACUUCACGGGGCUGCCCGUGGUGGACCGCGAGGGGCACUGCGUGGGCGUCAUCUCCAACAUCGACAUCGCCAAACACCAGCGCCGCUCCUUCAAAAGCGUCGCCGACGCGCUCGUCAAGGAAGUGAUGACAUCUCCUGCCAUUGUCAUCACGGAACAUGCCCCUGUUGCCUAUGCUGCCGGGCUCAUGCUCAAACACAAGAUUCACCGUCUGCCUGUUGUGGAUAGCACCAAUGUGGUGGUUGGCAUUCUCACCCGCACGGACAUCUACGAGCCCCUCAUGCCUGCUGUCAACCCAGUGCUCCAUCGCCUCGUAGGCUUUGAAGAGCCCAAACCGCCCACGGCUAACCUGUAA